AUGUGGCGUACGAAUCUUGCAGAUGGAGUUACCAUUAACUCUGAGCCCGGCUCCAAAUCUACCGAUACUGCUGCAAUUCGAAAUCAUCGUGCCCCGCGAAUCAACACACCCCGUCAUAUCUCAUAUUAUGGCCAGGAUCCGGGUCGAAUCAACGUACUUGCAAAUCUCUUUCUAGAUUGCAUUAAUGGGGAACAUCAGUUCACACAAUACGAAACAUCUGCGGCGUUUUCUACAUUCCCAGACCAUCCACCCGAUCUUCUUUUCCUUCAUGCCGCUAUGCUAGCAGCAGGCGCAACCUUCGAAAGCCAGUCCGAUUCAUCGGAACUUAGUGAUGACUUUGCGGAGCUGAGCGAGAGUCUGAUUUUCACAUGUUUCAGACAUGCACCCUCCAUCUGCGUCAUCCAAGGGCUCUGCAUUUUAUCAUGGCGGUCCCUUGCUUCAGGGCAAGACCACCUCGGCUGGACUUUUCUGUCAAUGGCAGCUGGGAUGGCUGUCCAUUUGCGCCUUCAUGUGCUCGCACUGGAUGAGAUCGCUGCUCAAUCUGUCAAGCCGCCACUUGAAACCGUUCAAACAUUUUGGUCAUUUUAUAUGACAGAUCGCACGUCGAUUUCAAUUUUGGGUAGGAAUUGCAUCCUGCCUUGGCGUCGGGUUAAUGUCCCUGCCAUCGAGACGUAUUUCCAUGAUGGAAAGUGCGAUAUAGCCCAAAUUUCAUUCGCUUGGCAAUGCAAACUAUGGUAUAUGCAUGAUCAGAAUAUGGAUCAAAUGUGUGUCUGCUUAUAA